CCGCGGCGUUGGCGACGGCCUGGGCGGGGUGGGGCGGGGCCGGGUCAGGAGGAGGUGAGCGCGCCCGGCCACCCGCCCCGAGGGGGGUUCCCGGAGAGUUCACGGCGGGAGCGCGCUCCGGCCCUUCGGCCUGGGGUGGGGAGGACGGGAAGGAAGGAGGAGGCCGCGCGCGCCGAGCCGCAGGAAUGUUCUGCUGGGCUCAGGAGCGCGCGCGGAGGGAGAGGGAGGAGCCAGGCCUGGGAAUGAGGGGGUGGAGGUAGCGCAGGUCCCCGGGCUCAAGCGAAACGCCGAGCGCCGGGAACCUCCAUGUUCCCGUCUCUCUAGUCCUUUCUAGACACUCCCGACUAAUGAGUUGUGUGGAAAAAUAAGAUAAAAUAAGUGUGUGUGUGUGUGGGGGGGGUGGUGGCUGGGGAGGGAAUUCGAAAGGAAAUGCGUAUGAUUGGCUCGUGCAUUUCUUCCCCUCUCCUGGACCGGGGCACGCGCCUAAGUACAGAGCCUCUGGUUAUGGAGAGCGAGUGUUUGCAAGCGUUCUCCUAAGCCAGAUGUGUUUGCAGACCUAUGUGCACCCAUGACUUUAUGUGCGUGCAGCUAUGCACGUGCACUCUUGCAUAUUUGCAGAUGCACGGUGCCUGCCAAGAUAAAUGCAUGCACGGAUGUGUGUCAAAGCAAGCGCGCGCCACAGUGCGAGUGUAUGUGUAUGUGUGUGCGCUCCACUCCCAGCUCUGUUCAUCUCGGUGCCCGGCCCCCUUCGCUCUCCAAGCCCCACCCCCACCCCUCGGGCUUCGAUUUUACAAAAGGUCUACCCAGUGCUAGCGGCUGAGGCGCCCUGUGUGAUCAGGUCCCGGGCUGCAGCCGGAGCUCCAGCUUUGUACCCCACCCAAUCCCUUUCCCCAGCUGGGGAUCCCCUUCUUCCCCGCCCACCCCUUACCCCCCAUGCAGCGGGGCGCCCUACGCUAGCCCUCCCCCUCCCCCCCCUGCAGGAGCGGGACGCCGCCGGGGGAGGAGGGGGAAUCGCUUGCGGGUCCUCGGUGUUCCUAGCACCCAGCUUCCCUCCAAGCCGGGUCGCGAUGUACGACUGCAUGGAAACGUUUGCCCCGGGUCCGCGAAGGCUGUACGGGGCGACCGGGCCCGGGGCCGGCUUGCUGCGUAGAGCCUCGGGCAGCUCCUGUUUCGCUGGACUGGAGUCUUUUGCCUGGCCGCAACCCGCCAGCCUGCAAUCGGUGGAGACACAGAGCACCAGCUCAGAGGAGAUGGUACCCAGCUCACCCUCACCCCCACCACCUCCCCGGGUCUACAAGCCAUGCUUCGUGUGCAAUGACAAGUCCUCUGGCUACCACUACGGGGUCAGCUCUUGUGAAGGCUGCAAGGGCUUCUUCCGCCGCAGCAUCCAAAAGAACAUGGUGUACACGUGUCACCGAGAUAAGAAUUGUAUCAUCAACAAAGUGACCCGGAAUCGCUGCCAGUACUGCCGGCUACAGAAGUGCUUCGAAGUGGGCAUGUCCAAGGAAGCUGUGCGGAAUGACCGGAACAAGAAAAAGAAAGAGGUGAAGGAAGAAGCGUCUCUUGACAGCUAUGAGCUGAGCCCGCAGCUAGAAGAGCUCAUCACGAAGGUCAGCCGAGCCCAUCAGGAGACCUUCCCCUCACUCUGCCAGCUGGGCAAGUACACCACGAACUCCAGUGCGGACCACCGGGUGCAGCUGGACCUAGGGCUGUGGGACAAGUUCAGUGAGUUGGCCACCAAGUGCAUCAUCAAGAUUGUGGAGUUUGCCAAGCGGCUGCCGGGCUUCACAGGACUCAGCAUUGCCGACCAGAUCACUCUGCUCAAGGCCGCCUGCCUAGACAUCCUGAUGCUUCGGAUCUGCACUCGGUACACCCCAGAACAGGACACCAUGACCUUCUCCGACGGGCUGACUCUGAACCGCACCCAGAUGCACAACGCGGGCUUUGGGCCCCUCACAGACCUGGUCUUUGCCUUCGCUGGGCAGCUCCUGCCACUAGAGAUGGACGACACCGAGACCGGCUUGCUCAGCGCCAUCUGUCUCAUCUGCGGAGACCGCAUGGACCUGGAAGAACCCGAAAAAGUGGACAAGCUGCAGGAGCCCUUGCUGGAAGCCCUGAGGCUGUACGCUCGGCGCCGGCGGCCCAGCCAGCCCUACAUGUUCCCAAGGAUGCUCAUGAAGAUCACCGACCUCCGCGGCAUCAGCACCAAGGGUGCGGAACGGGCAAUAACUCUGAAGAUGGAGAUUCCAGGCCCCAUGCCUCCCCUGAUCCGAGAGAUGCUGGAGAACCCCGAAAUGUUUGAGGACGACUCCUCGCAGCCUGGCCCCCAUCCGAAGGCCUCUAGCGAGGAUGAGGCUCCCGGGAGCCAGGGCAAAGGGCGCUGCAGCCCCAAACCUGACCCGGGCCCCUGACUCCCCGGCCACAGGGUCGGGGCUCCAGGCAGCAGACUGACCAUCUCCCAGACACUGCCGUGCCUAGGGGAGGCUCUGCUCUGCCCUCUCCCCGCCCUUCCAUGAGCUCCUUGUUUUUGCCAAAGUUUUCAGGGGUGCCUCUGUGUUCAUCCCGUUCCUGCUCUAAGCAGCUCCCCUUUGAGUCUUGGGGGCCUGCCUUGCUCCUGGGGAUAAGCCUGGCUUUGGACUGAAAUCUCAGCGCUGCCCUGCCGAGACCCUGGGCCCAGGCUUUCUGGGCCGAGAGGCAGAGCCUGCCUUUCUGCGGUCCCUUCCUUGCCCGGUGCUUAGGCCUCUGGGAGCAAACAGGAACACUAGAGACCAAAAAGGGGGCAGUGGGGGAGGGCUGUGCCCACCCUCUCGCCCCUGCCCUAGGUGCCUAAUGCUGUGGACACACCUGCCCGCACCUAUCAGGUGCACGAUGCCGCGGGCCAGAGCUGGGUGGGCGCAGGCCGGGGCCCUUCCUUUCUGGCAGUGGAGGCCAAGGGCAGAAGGGACAGAAGGGCAGAUGGGCACCUCUUUGCUGGGGCCAAGUGCACCUUGCCCCCUCCGUUACAAGGCUCUCCCCAGCCCUGUCAUGUGCCUUGGGCUCCCCUGCCUCCCAUCUCAGCCAUCAGGGCAGGAGCCCUCCUACACUACACAGGGGUUAGGGGAUCCCUCUCUCCCAGUGCCUUCCCCCUCAACCCUCACAGCAGCUUGGCCCCGGGAGGGGGGUUGGGCGCUGCUUGGCUGAUCCUGCCCUGCCCCAGAGGAAGCCUCUAUUUAUUUAUUAGCUUUUGUUUACACCCCUGAGUUGACCCCUUCCUCCAGGGGUCUUGGGAGGGGGAUCCCAGGGCCCCUGUGACCUCCUACCAUUGUUCUUCCAGCCCCCAGUUUGUAUUUAGCUGCCAAAUAAGAUUCCCACUGGCUACCCCUUUUUCUCUGGGGGGUCAGGGUGCUGUCCCCUCCCCUCUGUUUACAUCUCCCCUCCAGCCCGCUGUAUCGCAUAUUGCUGAGUUUUCUAUUUUUGCAAAAUAAAGUGAUGGAAACUCUUA